CAUACGCCUGUGUCGUACAUACUUCCUCAUUCCAUACCUUUUUGUAAGCUAGAUCAAAAUGUCACAGCUUGGUGACAUCAGAGAAUCUUCCUUGUUCAUCCCCGUGAGUAUAAAUAAGACGAUUAUCCGCCAGGCCAGCGAGGAAAAAGAUGUUUAGUGAACCAACAGAGUCUUCCGUGAUGUGGCCCCUCAGGACAACACACGGACAACGCAAAUCACAACACGGCGCUCGGUAAAUUGACCCAAAGCUUCCGGGAUGACGGUGUCGGAGUUUGGCUGCAGCAUCCUGGCGAGUUGAAUAUCCAUCUCUUUUUGCUUGUGGGUGAUCGCCCGUAUUCGCAUUCAGAAAACUUCUCUUGCGAUAAACUCGUUCUGGUUUUUGAAGCGUCAGGGAAGGUGUUGACUUUCAUCUUGACACAGAAUGACAGCCAUUUUCGGCCGAGAAACCAUGGCAACUGGUUGGAGAUCAAGCGAAUAUCAGUUCGCCGGCUUGAGGAGACCGCCUAACGACCCUAGGACAAGAAGUUUGAUCCCUGUCGCCAUGCCGUUGGUCAAACGAGAAAUUGAGCCGGUCCACCUCAGCCGGGGUGUCAUCUCCCAAGGCAUCUCCAAUGAGCUAGAAUGCGUGACCAACACUACGCUGGCCGGCAUCAUCAAACAGCUCAGCAACUUGAGCAAGCAUGCCGAGGACAUCUUCGGAGAUCUCUACAACGAGGCGCAUUCUCUGUGCCGUCGCUCCAACUCACUGCAAGACCGUAUUGACAGGCUGUCGGUCAAAGUCAAGCAGCUGGACGCCACGCGAGACGAUGUUGAGCUGACACAACUGCUGGACGUUCAGCAGUUCAAUGCAAGUAUCAUACCAGAAGCUGUGACGCUGGACUUCAGCACCAUGCAGGCUGGCAUGAAGGAGAUGUACUUACGCUGUGAUCCACCGCCGCCUCUCAAUGUCUUGUCACAGUAUAGGGAGGACGGUAAAGAAGCCUUGAAGUUCUACACAGACCCCAAAUAUUUCUUCCAGUUGUGGUGUGAGGAGAUGCAGAAAAACAUCACAGACAUCAGAGAGAAGAAGAACAGGAAGAGAAAACGCCAUGAUCGUAAGACGAAGGCAGGGGGUAGCAAGCCCAGCGAGGUACGGACACGGAAGAAGGAGUGGCAAGCAAUGGCGGGAGGAAAGGAGUUUAUGCCUGACAAGACGCCUUCCAUUACACCGACGUCAGAGACGAGGGAGCAACCCAACUCAGAUUGGGGCUCGACGAAAGGGUCCAAUCAAAACAUUGACCAGUAUCAGCAGCAGCAGCCACCGAUGUCGCAGCCACAACCUGCCCCUCCGCAUCAGCUGCAACACCAGGAGGUUAAACAACAAGGGAUGAUGUCCCGAUCUUCUUCGGAAGGUUUCGACGACGUGGCCUCAUUUGGUAGCGGAGGGAAUCAACGGGAUUCACUCCGUCCCAAGAGCCGACCCCCACCACCCCCAUCCAAUCAGACCACACCUGAGGGGGUACCACCACCACCACCGGUGGUGAAUGGGACGGUGCACGUUCCCAAGAGGCCUGCUCCUGUAGCACCACCACCACAGCAACAGCAGCAGCAUAACCACCAUCUACCGCCCCAGCAGCACCAACAGUUUGCCCCUCAGCAUACUUCCCAGACCAUCAUUCCUCCCCCGCCGCCAAUCGAUAACCGCAUGCCCAUGAUGAACAACAUCGCCAAUCACGCCCCACCAGAGCCGGCCCUGCCCCCACCCCAGCCCAUUAUGAACUCCAAUAUUCCAGCCCCGCCCCCUCCCCCACCACCUCCUCCACUUCCAGUAGCUCCUGGUAUGGCCAUUCCUCCACCACCCAAGGGACCAGCUCCUGCCCCUACUUCCAUCUCGCCACCCUCUCCACCUCAAGGUGGCGAGGUACCGGAAACAUCAAGCCCAGGCAACCCAACCUCCCCUAGAAGAACAUCGAUGAGACCAGGGCCAAAAGUAGAUGACAGCAGAAACAAUCUCUUGACAGCUAUACAACGAGGUAUCAACCUACGAAAGGUUGAGAUUCAAGAGGAGAGAGCCCGGCACCAGACUCCAGUUCCCAAUUCUGUGGAGGCCAUUUUGGCCCGACGAAUCGCCGUGGAGCUCAGCGACACGGAAUCAGACGACGACGAAGAUGAGGAUGACGAUGAAGAAUGGGACGAUUAAAUAAAAAGCUGUUGACCCAAAAGAGAAACCUCCCAAGCCAAGUGGGUCCAAUAUUAACAUGUAUUAAUUUGGAGGCCAUUUUAGACACAAUUUUAAGGCCUUAUCAAACUGUUCAAAACCUAUGAUCAAUGUCAUUUUGUCCGUUCUGCAUAAACCAUAUGUAGUAUGAGCCUCCAGCUUGACCAAGAGAGGGCACCAUUUUCCUAGCAACGCAGACUUCUUUGGUAGCAACUGCACUUCAUUGGUUCAUAAACAAUUAUGAAAUGCACAAGUUACAUAACUACCAACAAAAUGCACACUCCUGACCAACAUGGCUCUUUUCAACCAAUGAGGGGGUGCUUUUGUUCAAGGUGGAUUGGCAAUAAAGAGUAUGCUACAUGUGUAGAUUCACAGGUGGAAUUUAAAGUUGUGAAAUAUCCACGUGCCCCAAAGCGCGAGCACACCAAUACGUUAAAUGGUGUUAAAGGGUAGUACAAUUCUUUGCUAACUGUUCAGCAGCAUAAUGAAAUUUGCCCCUAAUAGCUCUUGAAAUCCCAAGAUUGAACCUCAUUCACACAAGCAAAAUUAAACUCAUUGGUUCAAAAAGGGUUCUUGUUGCAUGGAUUGACAACUUUGACAAGAACCAAAUGUGGAAAAACUCAGUUGGAGCUAACAUUGCAAAGAAGAGAUGCAUCUGACAUGACAACCCAUCCACUUUUAACAGGUGUUACUAGACAGCAGGUUGAUAAGGCCUCAUACUCCAAUUAGUUCUUGUUACCUUUGAAAGACUGUUUGUAGUCUAUUUUUCCAGCUGUUGUGUACAUUUUGGAGCAUUUGUCUCUCAGUCUCAGGGCAAAGCGAGGAAGACUUAGUCUGAGAGUGGACAGAAGCUGAGAUGAGGGCGUGUUAAAACUGUAAAAAA